UGUUCUAAAUCAGUAGUGUUCGCUUACCCCCCCACCUAACUUACUAGAUUGAUAGAGUCGACGCCAAUGGAUGAAUUUGUUACGAGUCUGGGCCCACUGAACAUUUAUUCCUGCUGGAGCUCCCUCAUCCUCUUCGUCCUCCGAUAUUCCAUCACUAACCCCUUCACAACCAGUGCACCUGACAAAAUGCCGAAACCAGUCACCAGCAGCAAGGAGGACGUCGUGACCGUCCAAUACAAAGAUCUUGAUGGCAAUAUGUUGAACUGCAUAUACUACCGCUGGGUGUUGAGCGACGCCAAAGGGGAGGACGAGCUCUACUACGCCAUCAUCCCCGGCUCCGGGUCGGACCACACGGUCGAGCAAAUCGAUACCGCGCUGGAGAGGAUGCUAGAUGAGCGCAUCUUCUUCCCGAUUCCUAUUCCCUGGUACCACUACCAGACGCCCGUCACGAUCGCCGCAACGCCCGAGGCGGAGCCCGAGGACGGCAUCUUUCUCAAGAGGCCGUGGCUGGCCGAGAUUGAGCUGCACAAGAUCUCAAACAUCCCCCACAACAUUGCCUGUUUUCUUGCCGCCGAAGUCCGCAUGCUGGAGCGCCUCUCGCGCUUUCCGCCGCAUCCCAACAUUGUGCGGUAUCACGGCUGCCGCGCGCGCCGGGGCCGCGUCACGGGCAUCCAGCUCGGCCGCGUCGAGGGCAGCAACCUGUUUGACCACGUGCGGUCGGGGCGGGCGGUCGACAAGGCGCCGUUCCUGGCGGCGCUGGCGUCGGCCGUCGACCACCUGCACAGGGUCGUCGGCAUCGCCCACAAAGACCUGCACCCCCUGAACGUCAUGGUGUCGCCCGACGGGCGCACGCCGACCAUCGUCGACUUCGGCUCGGCCGACGUGCUGGGCGCCGAGCUCCGCCACAACCGCCACUACACUAUCUGGGGCGAAGAUUCCCUCGACCUCGACGUGAAAACCCUCUUUGACGGCCUUGACGGGAAUCCCACGUCCCGCAGGUCGAGGGAUCUCGCGUGCCUGAAGAGGUUGGCCGCCUGGAUCGAUGACCCUGUCGACAUGGUUAAACCGGAGGUCCGCACGGGUUCCGAUGCGGGUUCUGACACACAUGCCGACGAGCUCAGAGGGGGCGAAGAGGAAGCUGGACGCCGAGGCUAACUGAGUGCCAGACCAGUGUUGGUAUACCAGGGACAGAGGACAAAGAGCUGCAGUUGCAAUCCAGAUUGAGUCAAAGCAACUCACCCGUCUCACCAUGGUACCAUUUGACUGUGAAUCGACUCCGAGAAUGUCUCGACCAAGA